CCAAAAUAUGCACUGAAUGUUUUCCACAGAUCGAAGGGAUCAGUGAAAUUUGGCGACGCAUUCACCGAACUAUUUAUUGAUUUUGUAAAUCUCAGAGGCGAAUUUGGAACAUAGUAUUCAUUGAAAAGGCAGCAAUUUGUGGAGAUCUGGGACAUUGUUGGGUUUUCGAUAUGAGAAUUCGAUCUAGAGGGUUUAAGAGACAAUGACUGGAAUGUCAUUUGGACUUCGUUACCGAGAGUUAUGGCUCAUUGCACUAACCAAAGCCUUGAGCUUUUGAGUCUGCAUCUUCUUCUACCUCUUCUUCUUCUUCCUCCACAAUGCUCACUUCAAAUUCUAAAGAGAAGGAAAGGUCUCUCUCCUUCUUAUGUUGCUGGUACUUAGGUCGCAGACGAGUCGCAAUGCUGCUCCUUCUCAGCCUUGCAUUUGUUGUCUUUGUAUUGGGUUCCUACACUAUCAACAAAGAGAGCAAUAGUCCAAACAUUCAUCAGAGUAUUGAGACGAUGGAUUUCGGAAGCAACCAAACACCAAUAAGUAGAGAAUUGACUUCUUUCCAUACUGGAAACUCUAAUAAUGAUCAUAUUAGAGAUUCAUUUAUGUGGAAUGGCAUUAGAGGAAGUGAUGUAGACAUCAUCCAUCCUCCUCCAUCCCUCCCUUCUCACCAUCCAUGCGAUGGUUUUUCAUUUCCUCCUCCUCCUCCACCUGGACUCAGAAGACCUGGACCACGCCCGUGUCCGGUAUGCUAUCUAUCUCCAGAAGAGGCCUUAGCGCAUAUGCCAAAGCAUCCAUUUGAAUCUCCUGUUCUCAAGAAUUUGUCAUAUAUCCAUGACGAGAGUCCUGUAAAACGUGAAGAAAGUCAAGGUGGUUCUGAAUUUGGAGGAUAUCCUUCUCUUGAGCAUAGGACUAACUCUUUUGACAUAAAAGAGUCCAUGGCAGUGCAUUGUGGAUUUGUCAAAGGAACAAAACCUGGCCAUCAUACUGGAUUUGACAUCGAUGAGGAUAUCCUUCCUGAAUUGGACCAGUUCCAUGAUGUGAUUGUUGCUUCAGCUAUAUUUGGUAAGUAUGACAUAAUUCAAGAACCGGUGAAUAUCAGUGAAAUGGCGAGGAAGAACAUCCCUUUCUACAUGUUUGUUGACGAAGAAACGCAUUUAUAUCUUAAGAACACUUCGAGUUACACAGACGAUAACAAGAGAGUGGGAUUGUGGAGGAUCAUUGUUGUGCAUAAUGUCCCUUACACUGAUGCAAGGCGUAAUGGAAAGAUUCCAAAGCUUCUGUUGCAUAGAUUAUUCCUAAAUGUCCGAUACUCUGUAUGGGUUGAUGCUAAGCUCCAGCUUGUUGUAGAUCCGUAUCAAAUACUUGAAAGGUUCUUGUGGAGAACGAAUUCUAGUUUUGCAAUCUCAAGACAUUACCGACGUUUUGAUGUGUAUGAAGAGGCUGAGGCGAAUAAAGCCGCAAGAAAAUACGACAAUGCCUCUAUUGAUUACCAAAUAGAGUUCUACAAGAAGGAAGGUUUAACACCUUAUACCGAGGCUAAGCUUCCAAUAACAAGUGAUGUUCCUGAAGGCUGUACAAUCAUAAGAGAACACAUACCAAUCACGAACCUUUUUACGUGUGUUUGGUUCAACGAAGUGGACCGGUUUACUUCCAGAGAUCAACUAAGCUUUGCAAUUGCAAGAGACAAGAUAAGAGAGAAAGUAGAUUGGAGCAUCAAUAUGUUCUUGGACUGUGAAAGACGCAACUUUGUGAAACAGGUUUAUCAUAGAGACAUUUUGAUGAACAUGAAACCUCCUCGAGCUUCUUCUAGGGUUCUUCCCGAGCCACUGCCUUUGCCACGUGGAAAAUUAAUCAGUGGAAGAGCCACCACGGGGAAGAAGAUUCCGGGACAACGUGGAAGAAGGCGUCACCGGAAAGUUUCAGCCGGUGGCAGAAACAUGAGAUAGAGAUUUCUCCACUUUUCUUUCUUUAAGAUUUUAUUUUUGAUUCAAUUUUUUUCUUUCUUUUCCUAUUUUUAUUAUUACAGUGGAAGUAGUUAGAAGAGACCAAUCUCGUGAUCCAAAAGUUUGUUUUGAAAUUUUGCCGUCUUAACGAAAUUAACUGAUGUAUCUUUGGCCAA